UGCAAACAUCUGCUCAGAACAGCUGCACUCCAUCAGCUCCAGGAUGCACGUCUUGGCUCUCCUCUGGACUCUGGUCUUACUACUGAAAGAGGCACAAGCGUGGGGCUUCAGAAAUGGAAUAUUUCACAACUCAAUAUGGCUGGAACAAGCAGCUGGGGUUUACCAUCGCGAGUCACGAAAGGGGAGGUAUCAGCUGACGUACAGGGAGGCCAAGGCUGUCUGCCAAUACGAGGGCGGGAAGCUGGCCACCUAUGAGCAACUGGAGGCAGCGCGUCAAAUAGGUUUGCACGUUUGCGCGGCUGGAUGGUUCGACAAAGGACGCGUCGGCUAUCCCAUCGUCAAACCUGGUGCCAACUGUGGCUAUGGGAAAGUUGGCAUCAUCGACUAUGGAUACAGGCUGAACAAAAGUGAGAGAUGGGACGUUUACUGCUACAACCCACACUCCAAGGAGUGUGGUGGUGUUCUGACGGAGCAGCAGAAGAUCAUUCAGUCUCCAGGUUUCCCCGAGGAGUAUGAGAACGAGCAGAUCUGCUACUGGCACAUCCGAGUCAGAGCGGGUCAGAAGAUUCUCCUCCACUUCCUGGAGCUCGACAUGGAGGACGACCCAUCAUGCAUGGCAGAUUACUUGGAGGUGUACGACAGCUAUGACGAUGUGUCGGGUUUUGCCGGGAGGUUCUGUGGUGAUUAUUUACCAGAUGACAUCAUCAGCACAGGAAAUGUCAUGACCCUGAAGUUUCUCUCUGACGCUUCAUUCACCGCCGGUGGAUUCCAGUUGGAGUAUGUGGCCUUUGAUGCAUCGCUCGGCCCACAGGUUCAGACCAACAACAUCACAGCUGCUCCUCUUAGCUGAUGUCACCUUGUUGCUCUAUGGAUGCUGAUUGUUGCCUGCAAUGAAGAAGUCUGUAUGGUCCUUUAAAUGAAUUAUUCUGUGAAAUAAACUUUCUCUUUUUUUAAAUCAUUAUUGAUGUAGUUAACUAAACUAUUGCAAAUAUAUAUAUGUGUGUGUGUGUGUGUGGGUGUAUAAUGGUCUACGAUAAUAUAUUUAGAAGCUUUAUUGUCAUCUUGGACCCAUAAUUCGACACAAAGGGCCUAGAAUGCACAUAAUUAGAAGAAGGAUAGCAUUUAACACACUUUGGAAAGAAUUUACCCAGCUGGCAUUCAACUGACCUUCAACGUUUAACGGCUGUUGAAAAAAUGUCCUCAUCAUGGAUCCGGUGUUGAAAUAUCCGCCAUAUUUGAGUUGUA